AUGGCAUCGGCCCGGCCUUUCUCUUCGUGGGACAUGGCGUCUAAUCCUUCGGGUAGUACAGCCUCGUUGCAAACAUGCCUUGGUACUGCACCCCAUCGACCUCCUGAACUCACAAUAGAAUACUUGAUGGAUGGGGCCAAAUGGUAUCUCCGUUAUUUUGAUGAUAUCACGUUUAAAAGUGGUGUGGCCAUAGCUCUGGACCACUACAAGUAUGAGAAUAUGCCUGAGGUCACCCUCUCCGCUCCCACUGAGACCGGCCAAAUGGCAUCUAUUCCAGUGCGAAGCCAACAGUCUUACACCGGCAGGAAACCCGUCAUACCAUCCACUCUUGCCGACACCCCCUGUGCCAACUUCACCGUUCAGAAACUCUUGAAGAAAUUCAACACCACCCUCGGCACAUCAUACACUCGGCCCACGGGAGGAGUAUACUCUGCUCUUGAGGACUGCAUCUCGAAAAAUUAUGACUUUGGCACCGCAUACGCCCAUCUCCGCCCCUUUUGGAACGACUUGGAGAAGUUGACCACCAUAGUAGAUGAACUAUCUAAUCGCGAAGUGCGAUACCAAAAGAUGCUGCAGGAUGUACUUGUUGAAGACAGAAUCAUCUCCACAAGUGUACCCCCUCGGCGUGUCUGGGAUCUGUAUAGUAAUCGGGUGGUGCCAUACUGGGUCGCCCGACAAUGGCCGUGGGGGAUAUCACAUUCAUGGGCGGAUGAAGAUGAUCGUGAGGAUGCGUUGACGCCCAUCAAUGGACGCGAAUGGCCCGUGCCGAUCCCUAAAGGUACCAGCCUGAAUCUCAUCCGGAUUGAGAUGCUCAAUCUGGGAGCAGAGUACGCGUGGUUAGAUGUGCUCUGUUUGAGACAGAAAGGCGGGCUAAGGGCCCGGGAGGACCUGCGUGAGAAAGAGUGGAAGGUUGACGUGCCCACUAUCGGAGGAGUGUAUCAUAAUAGAUACGCCGAAGUGGUGUUCUACUUGAGUGGGUUAGGACCGCCUUUGAACUCCAAGGCUGAUGACCUUGUGAGUGACCGAUGUUGGUUCAAGCGUGCAUGGACGCUACAGGAGAUGCCGAGCUCGGAACAUCCGGUGAUCAUUGGUGGGGACACCGGCGACACAGGGCUACGGGACAAGCUUGAGAAGCUGCUAUGGUCGCUAAAGAAUAAUGGAAGGACGUAUGACGUGCUGCCGCAGAUGCAGAAGCGGGUAUCGACAAAGAGUGUCGAUAAAGUUGUGGGGUUGGCAUACCUUCUGCGUUCAGACUUUAUGCCAGCGUACUAUGAAAGUCAGUCUGAGGAGGAUGCGUGGACAGCACUAGUAGCCGUGGCAGGGGGCUGGUCUCAGGCGGAGCUCCUAUUCCUGUAUCCUAAACCUGGGGAUGGAAACAAAAUCUGGCGGCCAUCAUGGAAGCAGGUCAUGACUGAGGAGCUUCCAACACGGAGUCCGCUUCUUUAUCGCUGGGCUUCCGAGACAUAUGUGGACUCAUACCCAGGCAAGCAUGCAUAUAUUAUCGAAUCGGCCUCUGUGCGAGGAUUGUCCAAGGGAGACUCACAAGGGAAGGAUCGACGGGGACAUAUCAUCGUCAAAGAUAACACCGGGACGGAGUGUAUAUUUGACAUUGUCGCCCGUCAUCAAUAUCCGAUACCAGAUGAUUCAUACACGUUGUUGGGUACAAUAGGCCUAUCUGAAGCAGCAGACGUGCUACUCUGCGUAUGCUGGGUAGUCGGGCGGAGACUGCAAGAUCAGAGGCUAAAAAAGUUGUCGGUAUUUGAAAUGCACGACUUCGAGGAAAUGCACGAUCCCCAGCGGAUGUUCCGCCCCAGGUACAACCAGACGUCCCUUCCAGAUGGAGUGCUUGACUCGCCAGUUCGGACCAGACGUUCCCCGUUAAGACCACCCCACCAACCUCGUGUGCGAGAGCGUUUUGGUUUUAACAAUCGUACUCCGGUCAAGAUGACAAGUAUGGUGUUCCGAGGCAUUGCUACGAAGGCUCCUGUUACCUUUCUCGCGUGA